UAAGUUUGAGGAUGAAAAUUCUUUUACCUUUUGGCUACUUCGAAAUCCUAAAUAAUCUUAAAUUUUUUUUUUUUUUUUUUUUUUGAAAACACCUAAAGAAUCUUACUCGUUACUUUGAUCAAUCAAAUUAAACUAAUCCGUAAUCAAGAUUUCAACCAAUAGACCUUCAACUUACCUUAAAAAAACCAAAAAAGUUUCAUCGAAAAUUUACUGCAAGUGACAUUCUAUUCUAUCUAUCCAAUGUUCCACAAGACCACAACUCCAUAUUUCUCCUCUUUCCCUCCAUAAAACCCCUAAAUUUCUCAAACCCCUUAAUUGAAAAUGGCAACAAGUGCAGCAAUUGGGAUUCUUCAAAACCCUAUCAAUCCAAAUUAUUUUACCCAUUUCUCCAUUUCUUCUUCACCCUACUCUCCAAUUUCAUCACACCCAUUUGUAGCAUUUCAGAAAUCUUACAUCAAAUACAAACCCAACCUCAAAAUUACCUGUAAUUCAUCCAGACCCCACAAAAGAUCUGUUUCUAAAGGAUCAAAUUCCGAGGCAUAUGAACUUGUUCGUGGGAUUUUGAGGAAUUUUAGUGAUAAGGAACCCAUAGUAUCAACAUUGAACAAAUAUGUUAAGUUUUUGAGGACGGAGCAUUGUUUUAUGCUGUUUGAAGAACUGGGUAAAAGUGAUAAGUGGCUUCAAUGUCUCGAGGUCUUUAGAUGGAUGCAGAAACAACGAUGGUAUGUUGCAGACAAUGGUGUAUAUUCGAAACUGAUUUCAGUUAUGGGAAGGAAAGGUCAAACUAGGAUGGCAAUGUGGCUUUUCUCUGAGAUGCGUAAUAGUGGGUGUCGGCCUGACACAUCUGUUUACAAUGCGCUCAUAACGGCACAUCUGCAUUCUCGUGACAAGUCUAAGGCCUUGGAAAAAGCUCUUGGAUAUUUCAAUAAGAUGAAGGGGAUGGAGCGCUGUCAGCCAAGUAUCGUGACGUACAAUAUUCUUUUAAGAGCGUUUGCACAAGCACGGAAUGUUAAUCAAGUUAAUACACUGUUUAAGGAUCUUGAAGAGAGCUUAGUUUCACCUGAUGUCUUUACAUUCAAUGGUGUGAUGGACGCAUUUGGGAAAAAUGGGAUGAUCAGAGAAAUGGAAGCUGUAUUGUCUCGCAUGAAAAUCAAUCACUGUAAGCCUGAUAUAAUCACAUUUAAUCUGCUGAUUGAUGCCUAUGGAAAGAGACAAGAAUUUGAGAAGAUGGAGCAAGUUUUCAAGAGCUUGUUACGUUCUAAGGAGAAGCCAACUCUUCCCACAUUUAAUUCAAUGAUUGUCAAUUAUGGGAAGGCACGACUUCGGGAGAAAGCAGAGAAUGUUUUCCUUAAUAUUACCAAUAUGGGAUACACUCCUAAUUAUAUUACAUAUGAGAGUGUCAUCAUGAUGUAUGGAUUAUGUGACUCUGUUUCGAAAGCAAGGGAAACAUUUGAUGGGAUCAGUGCAUCUAAAAAGGAAUUGAAGGUGUCAACAUUAAAUGCUAUGUUGGAUGUUUACUGCUUAAAUAACUUACCAAUGGAAGCAGACAUACUUUUGGAUAGUGCACGAGAUUAUGGUGUCCACCCAAAUUCUUCAACUUACAAGCUUCUUUACAAAGCCUACACGAAGGCAAACAUGAAAGAUCUUUUACAGAAGUUAUUGAAGUGUAUGGACCAAGAUGGUAUUGUCCCUAAUAAGAGGUUUUUUUUGGAAGCUUUAGGAGCAUUUGGGUCAUCAACAACUACUAAAAAAUCUGCUUCUGGAAAUGCAGAUAAGAGUAGAAAUACAGAUAGUAGAAACACAGAUAAGAGUACAAAUACUGAUACAAUGCAUACGAGUAUAAAUACAUAUACAAGUAUCCAACAGGCAGCUGGAAAAACAUAAUUGUGUAUUAUUCUAUGAGACUUCAGUCAUCUGCUCUAUAGGCUCCAAUGAAUUCUGCCUAUUCAUUUAAUGUUGGAAAGACCACUUGAAUACUAAAGGUCUAAAGUGAGUCUUGGUUCCAAACAGCUAUCAUGCCAACAGCAAUGUUUUUCCUUCGAUUUAGGGAUUUCAUUUGAGAGGGGUAUUAAAUCUGUGGUGUAAGGUCUAAGCUUUGUUUGGACAUCAAUAUGAAGUUGAAUCAUGUUCAUAGUUUGCUUGUAUCCAGCAUGCAAGAUUUACAUGUAUGGUUGAAGGAAUUAAAGGCAGAUGUUUUUAGCUGGUCAAUGCUUGGUUUCUGCUAUGUUGCAGGCGGAAUACUACAGUUAGCACUCAGGACACUGAAGUUUAGAUUUUGUUUUCUCAAGUGAAGAGACUGAAGCAUAAGCUGCCAUGCUAUAUGUCAUAUGCUGGUUGCCAAAACUUAGCAUGAUGAUGAAAUAUUGACAUACCAGAAACUUUGAGUUGUGAUUGAGCUUGUUUGAAAGCAGUUUUGGAUGUUAUGCCCCAGGAAAAAGGUACAGCAUUUCAUGUUUGAUGAGUGGCUGAGCCGCUGAGCUUUGGAUUUUGGGCUUUGCCCAAGGCAGAAGUUUGUCUUGGAGGAUUAACGAUCUUCCAGAUUAGCAUCUGAUUGGCAGACGAGCCAGAUCCACAGGUGGGCAUAAACUGCAGCAAAUACAGAAAUUCACCAUGUUGGCUCAGUUCAUAGGAGGAUUGGGAGCUUCAUGUUAGAACUGUCAUUAUGACGCAGAGUCCAAGUUCAAAGGGUGGCAGAACGAGGAUCAGUUUAAAGGUGAUGAAGAACAUAAGUGUAAAUACAAUAGGGCAUAUUAAGCAGCGCAACUCCCUUGCAGUUUAUGCAACGACUUCAUUUUGGGGAACCUUUGAUAGCUACCGUGCAUCAAUCAACAAUAUCAUCGACUCCGAUGGCCCUCUCAGCGCCUCCCACCCAGAGUUGACCAUUGUUAAUCAUCAUGUUGAGUUCUAUAAGGAGAAAACGAUUAUGGGUACGCGGAAACUCACAGUGAGGAAACCCCCAAAGCCAGUAACCAACAGUGGGAAACCUGGCCAACAUCACUAGUGUGCUCCUUGAUAGUUAUUGAUUUGAGGUUCAAGUUAGGAUUCCAUCUUGAGAGAAGAUUGUCCCAACUUUGAGGUGUGUUUUCCUUUUCGAAGAUAUAAACUUGUUGAUUCGAGAAGGAUUUGUAAUAUUAGAGAAUCCCUUUUUAAGACUGCAUCAACUUUGUAUAAGUAAGUUUUGGAUUGUUAUAAUAUGCAUCCAAGCAUAUCUAUGAGGACAAUGAGGUACUAAUACCUUGUUAUCUUAAUUUAUGAGAAACAUAUUGAAUAUAACAAUGCUUAAACCUUGGGUCCA